CGCGCUUUGUAAGUGGGCACACGCGCGCGCUCACCGGGAGCACCGUGUCUGUUAGUAGAAAGUAAAACAGUUAUGAAUCUUUGCUAACUUCGCGGGCCCUCGUGUAACGGGGCUCGGUCUGCCGGCGGAGCAUCAGUCGGUGUUACCGGCGGCUCGUCGCCUUUUGGGCGGCGGGACUGUGAGCGAGCGCGGAGCCGCGGAACAAAGAGCUUCUCCGCCUCAUUGUUACCGAGCGGAGCCUGUUUGUGCCUCCGGAGCUCCGGCUGGUAAAGUGAGGGGCGGCCUGCGCUCCAGUCAUGACCUCUGGGAACGGGAACACUAACAGCAGCCAACACAAUGGAGAGUCCAAAGCAGCCCAGGCCCCAGCCGAGCCCCACAUCCUCACCCAUCUGAUCGAAGGCUUUGUGAUCCAGGAGGGCGCUGAGCCUUUCCCUGUAGAACGUCCAUCUUUCUCAAUCGAGAGCCUCAGGAGACACACGGCAGACUCAAAGAUGGAUGGCGUCUCCCCGAAAGAGUUAAAGGCCCAGCAGGAGCCCAUGCUGACCUGUGAGCUGUGUGGCAGGGUGGACUUUGCCUACGUCUUCAAAAGGUCCAAGAGGUUCUGUUCUACUGUGUGCGCCAAACGCUACAAUGUGGGAUGCACAAAGAGAAUGGGUCUCUUCCCAAACCGCAAAACCACCCUGGAGAACAUAAAGAAACAGAGAGCGCUGCACGGGAACCACAGACACGGCAGCUCAGAGUCUAAGAAGAAGACUCAGACCGCCCCCCCUGUGCAGAAGCCUGCAGCUCUGUCCACCGGUCACUCGGUCCACCCUGCGCAGGGGGAGUCCAGCCAAUGUUCAGACCUGUCUGGCUACAAAAGGCCGCCGUCCCCCCUGUCGGCCGGCCAGCUGGUGCCCACCGGGCGGGGCCCUGAGCUGCCCCUGCUGCCUCACAGCUUCCUGCCCAGCGACCCCGGCCGGUGGAACAUAGAGGAGGUCUACGAGUUCAUCUCCUCUCUGCCAGGUUGUCUGGAGAUCGCCGAGGAGUUCCGGUGUCAGGAGAUCGAUGGACAGGCCCUGCUGCUGCUGAAGGAGGACCACCUCAUGGCGACCAUGAACAUCAAACUGGGCCCAGCGCUCAAGGUCUUCGCCCAGAUCAACAUGCUCAAAGACUCGUAGUCUCACACACACACACACACUCACUGUGACUGGACAGCACAUGCUCAGGAUCCCACAUGUUGACCAACCCUGAGCUGAUUCAGGUCCUAGGACGGACGUUUUCAGGACAUAUGAGGACAUCAGCUGGGACCUGUUACUCUGAUAACUUCAGGAAAACGUAGCAACAGGAGUGUUAGGUAGUCUUCAUGGUCAUCAUGUGUUACUGUAGGAGACCUUGACGAUUAGCAAUUGAUUUGUUCUAGUUUUUCUCUCAGGAGCACGAGCGUCCGAGUUUUGGAACAUUUUGGGAAACGCGCAUUAGAAAGAUCAGUGUCGCAUCCUGUGCAGAGCUACAGUUAGUCCAGAUCCAGGACUUUCAUGGUCAGGGUCCUGCACUGCUUUCUCCCUAAACUGAAGGAAGACUACCUUUUAAUUCAGUGCCCCGCCAAUGGCGGCGCUCAGCCUGCUCCACCUUCACCUGGUGUGUUUUCACCUAACUGCAAGAGACUUUUCUUUUUUAGCUGAGUUUGUGUGUGACUUUAUCUUUUAGUUUGAGGCGCUCAGAGACUGACAUGUUGGAGUUCCAGCAGAUGGCGAUUCAGGACUGCGAUCCUAGUUCAGGGCUGAGAUACUGGACUGAACUCAAUCAGCAGUUGGGAGAAACGCUGUUUAAUGAGAGCUGGAGACAUUUACUGACCACCAACCAAGAUCCAGCACUGUGUGUAAACGGGCCAGGUGUGAACCGGUCUUUGUGCUACAUGUCCUGGGUCUCUACUGGGAGACGAAGCCCAGGAGAAGCGGGUCCUGACUCUGGUAACACAACACACUGGCUUAUUUUGCAAAAUAUGAGAGGUGUCAGAAAACACCUUGAUUGAAUGGCUUAAUUUUAAUAAUUAAGAACUGUUGGUUCUGAUGUUCUGAUUAUGUUUUUUCAGUUCAAACACGUUUCAGGUGGAGGCUGUCGACGGUCUGUACGUCUCAUGUCUGAUUUCUCCUGACAGAUGCUCUGACAUGUUUGAAAAGUUGUAUUCCAAAGUAUAUUAUUCUAUUUUUCAAAGUGAAUUCAUCAGCACCGUAGUCCCUGUAGAUGCUCCUCGUGUCUUAGUCGUAACCGAUCAGUGGAAGAGAAUCUGUCAUUUACUGAGAGACGCUGUUUGUUUGCAGCAUCUAAUUUUGGAAUAAAAGCAGUUUCUUUAGUUUC